AUGUCUGCAUCAGCUAAGAAACCAAUCCAGUGUUUAUUGAGCAGAGUUUGCAGAGAAACUAGAAGGACUUAUGGCGCUCUUCCUGAAGGUGCCUCUCCUUCCUCUUCUCAACAACUCAUCGGCUUGGAAUAUGAAUUCAGCGCUCACAAUUACCAUCCAGUUCCUGUUGUAUUCUCUCAAGCGAAGGGUUCUUCUAUUUGGGAUCCUGAAGGCAACAAGUAUCUUGAUUUUCUUUCAGCUUACUCUGCAGUUAAUCAGGGACAUUGCCAUCCAAAGAUAAUGAAAGCAUUGCAAGAGCAGGCAGAAAAGCUUACUCUCAGCUCUAGAGCCUUCUAUAAUGAUAAAUUUCCAAUAUUUGCAGAGCGUUUGACAAGCAUGUUAGGCUAUGAUAUGGUGCUGCCGAUGAACACUGGUGCUGAGGGUGUGGAAACAGCUCUGAAGUUGGCUAGGAAAUGGGGAUAUGAGAAGAAGAAAAUUCCUAAGGAUGAGGCCAUUAUUGUCUCUUGUUGUGGCUGCUUCCAUGGCCGUACAUUAGCUGUCAUCUCUAUGAGCUGUGACAAUGAGGCAACUCGGGGGUUUGGGCCAUUGUUGCCUGGCCAUCUUAAGGUUGAUUUUGGUGAUGAAGUUGCCCUUGAGAAAAUUUUUAAAGAAAGAGGAGACCAAAUAGCUGGAUUUCUUUUUGAACCUAUCCAAGGAGAGGCAGGGGUUAUAAUUCCCCCUGAUGGUUACCUACAAGCUGUCAGAGAUCUUUGCUCAAAAUAUAAUGUUCUGAUGAUUGCUGAUGAAAUUCAAACUGGCUUAGCACGGACAGGAAAAAUGCUGGCUUGCGAUUGGGAACAAGUUCGCCCUGAUGUAGUGAUACUAGGGAAAGCAUUGGGUGGUGGAGUAAUACCUGUAAGUGCAGUGCUCGCAGACAAAGAUGUGAUGCUUUGCAUUCAACCUGGAGAGCAUGGAAGCACAUUUGGGGGAAAUCCUUUGGCCAGUGCAGUUGCUGUUGCCUCACUUGAUGUCAUUAAAGAUGAGCAGCUUGCUGAAAGGUCUUCCCAUUUAGGGGAGGAACUCAGGAAUCAGCUAUUUAAGGUUCAGCAACAGUUUCCAGACUACAUUAAGGAAGUUCGAGGAAGAGGUUUGUUUAAUGCUGUGGAGUUCAACAGCAAGACUUUGUCCCCAGUUUCUGCAUAUGAAAUUUGUCUGAAGUUGAAGGACAGAGGAAUUCUCGCUAAACCCACACAUAACACCAUUGUCCGGUUAACACCUCCACUCUCCAUGAGUUUGGAGGAGCUCCGAGAAGGCACGAAGGCUCUGCGUGAAGUGUUGGAACUUGAUUUACCAAGCAUGCAGAAAACCAAACCAGAGAAGGCUUCCCCAGCUGCUUCUGCAGCAUGUGAUCACUGUGGGCGAAAUUUGUAUGGUUCUUCAGAUUAA